AUGCAUUCAACAAUUUUCUUUCUUCUACCAUUGGCUUUAUCAACUAUUAUUCCAGCAAAUCUCGACUUGAAAGCAAAAUCAGUUGGUGCAGGUACACAAGCUACAGAAACAAAGCGAAAUAUACAAAAUACCCAAUCCAACGAAGGACGUAAUGGGCAUAACAAACGUGAGCUCAAAUCAGUGGUAUUGGGUGAUGUGAAGAGCAAGGUUGCUAGGGACUCAAUUAGUGCCAAUGAAUUGGUAUAA